AUGAUCAUACUACAAUUACUAAACUCGCUAGGAUUAUUCUUAGCUUCAACUCUUUGCAAGAACUCUGCUUAAGCUAUUGAAACCUAAUAGGAAGAUGUUAGAGUGUUUUCCUUGCUUCCCCAUAAAGUUGCAUCUAAUUUGAGAAAUUUGCAUUACAAUGUUGAUAACCUGAUGAGAGAUAUUGAGGAUAAAUUCGGGUCGCAUUUUAAAAUUUUUAAGCUAUUCUGGGAGAUCUUGGAAAGAAACACCUUCAUGCUGGAGAAAAAAGAAAACAAAGAUCUGCUAGAGCCAAUAAGAUUGUUUGCUGAUCUUAAUAAGUUAAAGUUCUACAAGGAUAAUCUGUUGAAAAUGAUUAAGUAAGCAAGAGCAAUCACAGUUGAUGUGCAUCCUUAUCUCGAAAAUGAUGAUGAUCCUAAUAUUAGACUAUUUGAGGAAGACAACCUAAGGUCUUAUUAAUAAAUCAGAGCAUUCGAUGAAAUAAAAUUCCUUGAUCAAUGCGAAUAAUAGAACUUAAGAAUCGACAUAAGCGAGAUAGAAUUUUACAUCGAUGAAUUUGAGUGUCUUUGUUAAGAGGUUAAAUUGAUUAAAAGUCUAACGGAACAAGACCUACUUCCUAUAUAUGACACAAUGACAUAGCUGUUUGACGAUUAAAUUGAGGAAUACAUAGAAAGAAAAGAAACUGGGCUUUCAAUGAGAGAAUUAUAAGCAUUUUACAAAAUAAGGACAAAGAUUCUUCACAGCAAGAUAAGUGAACUGAAUCAAUUGGUAGAAAAUUAAAAUGAGGAUAUUAGAGGGACAAGAGGUUAAUAUACUGAUGAACUACUAACACUUAAAGAUGAAGUUAGCGAACUUAGGCAACUUCAAAGCCAUCUAGAAGUUCUAUAAUAGAGUGCUGAUUACUAUAUGACGAAUGGAACAAACUACGGGCACAACAAUAACUUUAUGCAGGAUUACGAGGGAAAUUCAUUUGAAAAAAAUAUCUAACUUCGUGCAAGCGAGGCUACAAAAUCACUUUAUGACAAAGCAAAGACUAAAGCUAUUCAUUAGAAAAAUAAGCUAAGCACACAUAGUAAGGGAAAUGGUACUUAAAGAGUAUAACUAACAUAAACAUCAUAAACAAAUUUAAAAAAUCUAGUUAAAAAGAGGUCAAGAAAAAACUCCAAAAAUUACGAUAGCACCAGAUAAUACGUCAGAAGUUCAACAGAUGAUAUGACUUAAAACAAUAAACUAUAAAUCAAUUGCUUCGACAGUAGACCAACUUCUUAAUUAAGUGGUGGAAGGGGAUCAUUAAAUCUUGAUAAUCAACCCACUACUGUUAAUAAUUCAAAUAGAAAUAGCAAUCUAGCUAUCAAUCAAUAUGGCUAUAGGAAUUAAAAUAAUUCAUAAAACCCAUUCUAUUCUAUUGAAAAGGAGCUUUAAAGAGGUAAACUUGGUUAAGUCUUAAUCGAUCAACCAAUGCUUGAGAACUUUUUCACUUAGUCCCCUAUUCAUGGAUCAGCUGCACCUAAAAAUAAAGGUCAAAUGUUUACAUCAAUUGAUGAUUUUAUUAGAGAAUCAGCCGUUAACACAAACUAUAACAGUUAAAAGAAGAAUGAAAACGAUGAUAAUUAUCAAUAGGAGGAGGAUGAUUACAUUCAAGAUUAUAAUAAUCCAGUUAUGGUGACUGAUUUCCAAACAGAAACACGUAACUCACCAGUAAAUAACAAAAUGCCAAAGAUUACCUUAAACUCUUGUGAAGAUCAGUUUGGUACUUUUGAAACUACCUAGUAUUCAACCUAAAAUAACAAUUAAAGACCUUCUACAAAUUACAUGCAGCUCUAAAGAAUUAAUGAACUUUUUGGUUCUGAUGAACAACAUAACAUUCAUAAUGAUGUUAUGAAUAAUCUUAACUCUGAUAGGUCUCACCGAUAAAUAAAAUCUACUGUUGAUGAGGAUAUAGUGGACCUUCUAAACAAUAGACCUCCUAGUUCUUCUAGUCAAAAUGAUCUCGAAAGAAAUAUGUAUCUUAAUGAGUCAAUCGAUAAGAUAGAGGAGAGAAAUAAUGAAGAUGAUGCAGAUAUUGAUGAUAAUUACGAUAUCUGCACUGAAAACUAUGAUAUUGGAUUUGGCCACUCUAAUAGAACACCAAAUGAUAAAAUAGUUAGUGUUCCUCAUCUUAAAAAAAUGGUUUCAGACAGAAUGACUCCUGAGUUUAAAUUAAACAGCGAUGAUUUUAUCAAAAGAGAUAGUCGAGCUAAUAGUAGCAGUAUAAAUGAAGAUGGUAUCUCUCCUAGACUUGAAGGGAAUCAUCCAUAAAUGUCAAACAUGAAGAAACGAAUUGUUAGAGCUUUUACUGUCGAAGAGGAUAUAAGAGAUUGA